ACGGGCUGCUUGGUUUGAUAUCAUAUUCUAUCCACGUACUGCACACAAAAGGAGAUUUUUAUUCUCCUGCUCUGUUCGUUUUCCGCGCGCUUGUUUCCCUUUUGCUCACACAACACUUGUUCCCUUCUUCCUCGCUUGCAACCGACUCUUUGUAACCGUUGCCGCCAGUUGCAUGCAACCUGCUCUUUGACAACAGCACUCAUCCUCAUUCAGAACCCUCUGCCAUCCUUUUUGACUAUUACCCCACCAGUCAAAAUAGCAAGAUCUCCAGACGCAAACUCGACUCAACCCCAUGGCGUUCAGAGGGGCUUCAUUUCUGCUCUUUGUCAACUGGCUGUGCAUCGUUAUUUGGCUGAGCACCUCCUUCGAAUCUACGGAUGCGACGAUCGUCGUCUUGGCCACAAAUGACAGUUAUAUCGACAGGACCGCUGCGUUCGGACCGCGGAUUCCAGACGAUGGCCUGAUGUUAAACCUUAUCGCCGUCGAGACCUUGGACCCGAACGAAGAGACGACCGCUUGUCAACCCGUCAUGGGAGUCAACCCCAAUGUCUCCUGGGUGGCUCUGGUGGAACGUGGUGGACGAUGCAGCUUUGUCGAUAAAGUGCGCAAUAUGCAAGCCAGCGGCGCAAGGGCGAUCAUCGUGGGCGACAAUCAGAAGGGUGGUCUCCUCACCAUGUAUGCGCGAGAGGACACUUCGGAUGUGCUGAUUCCCUCCGUGUUUAUCACCCAGAACCAUUAUCGGGAACUGCGGUAUUUUGGCAUGGAACUCGGCAAGGGUUUCUUAGUCAAGAUGCUACCCGAGGAUAUUGACUGGCCUGUGCUGGACGUUGUCAUCUUUAUCAUCCUUUCACCUGCGUUCGUCGUUCUGUUUCUGUUCUCCCUCUGGAAAAUGCGUCAGCGUCAGCAGCGACUUGCAGAUCUGGCACCACCGGAGGUCGUCAGCAGCUUGCCUGUCAAGGUCUACUUCCAGUCGAAAGCGCUCGCUAACGAUCCGGUUGAAUGUGUUAUUUGUCUUGAAGACUAUAAGGAUGAGGAUGAGCUAAGAGUUUUGCCGUGUAGGCAUGAGUACCAUGUUGCCUGCAUCGAUAACUGGCUGACCAACCGCAAGAAAUAUUGUCCCAUUUGCAAAAGAGAUAUUUGCACGCCAACAGAGACGACACCCUUGCUUGGGUCGUCAAAUUCACGAUCAGAGAAUGCUUCUCGAAACGGCUCUUCAUCCACGUCGACUUCAGGACAAUCGUCAUCAGAGGCGCCGUUAACUUCGAGUAGCACUGGAGCAACUGAUAUCGUUCACUCUGACUCACCCCAGAGCGGUGGACAGGUCGCUAUUCGUAUUGGAUCUGAUGAUAAUGAAGAGAAUCCACAUCCUGCAAUUGUGUCGUCGGAAGAUCAAGUUUUGCGUACAGUCUAAGAGGUGUUCGUUGCUUCCGCUUCAACCAUGUACCAUAGGCACCUUCCUCUCUGUAGUCUCCUGGAAAUAAAUAUUAGCUAUGCAUUGUAAGAACAA